CUUUGAGAGCGUGGCCGUGUCGCCACUACGCCGCGCCCCGCCGCGCCCCCGCUGCCACGAUGCUGAUUGGCAUCGAAUCACAUCGAGCGACACCGCGUCCGCAGAGUGCCGGACACUCAGCAGCGAGUCGCGACACGGACCGCAACAAACAAGAUGGAGGACUCUGGAUCCGGUAGCGGCGCCCCCGGAGACGUCUACCCGUCGUACUCGUCCGCCGUGGAGACAGCCUUCCUGCCCGAGCCGGCGUCCAGGAUGGAGCGCCCGGACGGCGGCAGGGACGUCGAGGAGACCUACGACCUGGCCGAGUACGGCUACGGCAAGAACUACGUCAAGGUGCUGAAGGUGCGGCGCGACGGCGACCGCCACCACAUCCGCGAGUACGAGGUCAACACGCACCUGCAGCUCGACAGCCGGGAGGACUUCCUGCAGGGCGUCAACAAGCACAUCAUCGCCACCGACACGCAGAAGAACACCGUCUACGUGCUGGCCAAAAAGUUCGGGAUCCAGUCCCCCGAGGCCUUCAGCCUGCUGCUGUGCAGCCACUUCCUCUACACGUACCCCCAGGUGACGGAGGCCUCGGUGCACAUCGAGGAGUACCCCUGGACCAGAGUCAACAGCGAGGGGCAGGAGCACAACCACGCCUUCGUCAUGUGCCCCGUCGCCUACCGGUCGUGCACUGUCAGCCAGCGCAGAAACGAGGCCCCCCGCAUCCGCGGCGAGCUCCACGGCCUCCGCGUGCUCAAGACGACGCAGUCCGCCUUCCGCGACUUCGUGCAGGACGAGUUCCGAACGCUGCCCGACGCCAACGACCGCAUCUUCAGCACCAUCGUCACGGCCAACUGGCUGUACAACACCGGCACCGUGGACUUCGACAAAGUGUGGCACACCGUCAAAGAGUGUAUCCUGGAGAAGUUCGCCGGCGAGCCCAAGAAGGGCAUCUUCUCCCCGUCCGUCCAGAACACGCUGUACCUGGCCGCCAAGAUGGUCCUCGAUCGGGUGGAGGAGAUCGAGCGCGUCGAGAUGCAGAUGCCCAACAAGCACUACAACUCCCUGGACCUGUCCAAGUUCACGGCCACCAUCAAGGGCGGCAGCGAGAACGAGGAGGUGUACCAGCCCGUGGACAAGCCGGCCGGCAUCAUCCACGCGCAGCUGGAGCGCAGCAACAAGGAGCUGGCGUCCAGGCCCCGGCAGGUGUUCCGCCGCCGCGCCAAGCUGUGACCCCACACUGUAUUCAUUAGAAACUUGUAAUUAUUUUUUUUUUAAUAAAACGGUCUUGCUUGUG